GCCCGAUUCACCCCCGCCCCUUUCCGCCUUUGCCAUGGCGACACCGGGCGGCGUGAUCCGGGCCCUGCACCGCGGGACCCACGCACAGGAUUCUAGGGUUAAAUGAACAAACAUUCUCUGGAGUGAACUUAAAUUACGGCAGAAUCAGAAGCUGAAGAAAACUCCAAAACAUGAAAAUGUGGUAAUGGAUCGGAUUUUCUCUGGUAUCCAGCCGACUGGGACGCCUCAUCUUGGUAACUACCUUGGAGCUAUUCAGAACUGGGUGAAUCUGCAGGAAAAGUACAACUCAGUGUUAUACAGCAUUAUGGACCUGCACUCUCUCACCAUGCCCAAGGAGCCAGCUGUCCUUCGACAAAACGUACUGGACACCACUGCUGCCAUCCUUGCCUGUGGGAUUGACCCAAGGAAGUGCUUCUUGUUCAGACAGUCACUGGUUCCUGAGCACACAGAACUUGCCUGGAUUCUUGGAUGCUUAACUAAUGUGCCACGGUUACUACGUUUGCCCCAGUGGAAGAUGAAAUGUGCCAGCCAGAAUAAUGAUGGAAAUGUCGGUUUGUUGACUUACCCUGUUCUUCAAGCAGCAGAUAUUUUGCUGUACAAGUCGACACAUGUUCCCGUUGGAGAAGAUCAAGUCCUGCACCUGGAACUAGCCCAAGAUAUAGCACAACAUUUUAACAAGAAAUAUGGAGAAUUCUUUCCUGUGCCUAAAGCCAUUUUGAGUACAACAAAGAAAAUAAAAUCCCUCAGAGAUCCAACAGUGAAGAUGUCUAAGUCAGACCCACAGAAGUUAGCUACUAUUAACAUAGCAGACAGUCCUGAGGAGGUAGUACUGAAAUUCCGAAAGGCCGUGACUGACUUUACCUCUGAGGUGACUUAUGACCCAUCCAGUCGCCCUGGUGUCUCCAACCUGGUGUCCAUUCACGCUGCGGUAACUGGACUUAGCAUAGAAGAAGUGCUGCACCAAGCUGUUGGUCUUGACACUGCUCAAUACAAAAUGGUGGUAGCAGAGUCAGUUAUUCAAAAAUUUACACCUAUCAGGAAUGAAAUCAAGAAACUCCAGGAAGACAAAGCCUAUCUGAUAAAGAUUUUAGAGGCUGGAGCAGAGAAAGCCAAAGAACUGGCUACCCCCAUCUAUCAAGAAGUAAGAAGACUGGUGGGAUUUCAGUAACUGGCAAGCAGUUGCAAGGACUUCAGUCAUUUGCUCCUGGGAUAGCUAUUUUGUUUGAAACAAACAGUUUGAAACAAAAACUUUUUUUUUCUCUCUCUGCAAAAUCCAAGUAGAAUAGCUAAGCUGUUUACAUCAAAAAGGUGUGUGAAACCAGUUCCUUCCAGUGGGACCAGCUCUGAACUUGUAGGGAUGGUCAGAGGAUGAGGGUGCAGGCAAUCACAGAUAUGAAGAAAUUAUACAAAACCAGGAUACAAAGUUGCUCAGAUGGGGUUUGGGGUUUUUCCUCCAACCACUACAAGAAGCUGAGGUAUAGGCAAGAUGGUUUUAAUCCAGUUGAAGGAGUUGUAAUCUUCUCAAGAACACCCUUAGCUGUUUAUGUGAUCUUGUUAGAGCUGGAUAACUCGUGGUUAUUCAGCUUUGAUACCAUGAUGGUCUGCUCUUGGAUAACCAGACAGCACAGAGUUACAAAUCAGAAUGACUGGGCUUUGGUGAUGAAGAGAGAACUUACUGCUUCUCCCUGUCUUGUCUUCAAAUUCAGUGUAAUUUUGUAUCUACAUCUAGUUUGUAUGAGGUGAGUUAGUCAGAUACUGAUAUCCAUACAGUAGAACUCACUGUGGCUGCUAGUUCUAGAGGGCCUCUUUGAUAGUCUCUCCAAAGAAUGCAGAGCAAAUGUGAAUUUCACUUCUGCCAGCACUGCCAUCCUCCUGAUCGAUUCUGAAGUUCUUUGUUAGGAAACUACCCAAACUUCAACUCAUCCUUUUCCACCUUUUUUUUGGUCUAGCAGGGAGCCCUGAGAUUUUCAAUUCAGCAUCAAGUCUAGGAUUGCUUUAGGAAAGGUUCAGGGAGAAAAGAUGUGUGAAAGAGAUCUUAUGCUGAUCUGUGAGAGAACUUUCUAUAUAAUUUACAAAACUAAUUAUUUAAAAAUUAUGCUCAGGUCAUAGCGAGGACUACAGUAAAAUAAUUUAUCAAAAUUGAAUUAAAUAGAUCUUUGUGAAAUCUCACUGCUAAACCUCACCUUCCUGGGUUUCCGCAAUAGGAACUUGAAAGACAAUCAAAAAAUCAUAUGGUUGAUUGUCCUUUUAUGUUGGAGAAGUUGCCAUGGGCAAGUCAGCCUACUGCCUGCAUUACAGCCACCUUUGUAAGAAAAAAAAAUGUCAUUAUUGUCAUUGGUGACUGGGAAAAGAGGUCCCAAUACAAUGACUAGACCCACUUGAUAAGGAAGUCUGCUACCCCCCUGGAGCCUGUAUUAAAGAUGUUACGAGAAAACUUCCUAACCUAGUGCAGCCCCCAGAUUACUACCCAUUAUUGUUUUUUGAUGUAGGCAACAAUGAAACUGUGAUGAGACCAGGAGAGGCAUCGUGGGCAAUCAAAAGGAUCUGUAGAUUCUUGGGACAAUUGGUUAAAGGUUUGGGAGUGCUGAUAGUGUUUUUCUUUAUCCUUCCAGGUGCUUAGAAUGCUUAGAAAUAUCCAGGCAGAGCUUAUCAAUAUAUGGCUCUUAGGCUGGUGUCAUUGGCAAAAUUUUGGAUUUUUUGAUCACAGUAUGGUCAGUGCAAUGCCAGGCCUGCUGGCACUUGACAGGAUGCACCUUUCUCAGAGAGAGAAAAUUGUUUUUUUGUUUUUUUUUUCUGGGCUUACUGAAAGAACUUUUAACUAGACUUGAAGAUGAAAAGAGAUUAAACGAGGCUUGCCAGUAGUAAGCUGUGAGAUGACUAACCAGAGUUUGAAGGAUCAUGUGCUAGUGAGGUCCUUCAGUCUUCUCCACAAGGCGCUGGGUACACUAGAGCACAUUUGAAAUUUUUCUGUAUUAAUGCAUACAGCACGAGGAACAAGCAGGAGGAACUAGAAGCCCUGGACUUGUUACAGACUUACAACAUUGUUGGUGUAAGCAAGACUUGAUGAGAAGAGUCCUGUGACUGAUGUAUCAUGUUAAACAGUUAAAGACUUUUCGUGAGGGACAGGCAGGGCAGGAGAGGCAGUGUGUGGCACUGUAUGUAAUGGAAUAGCUUGGUUGUAUCAAGCUUACAAUUGGCAAUGAUAUGAUUGAGACCCUCUGCCUAAGUAUUACGGGACAAGCAGGCAAGUAGAUAUCACUGUGGUAGUCUGGACAACAACACAAAUUAUUAUGUAAAGAAUGAAAGAUUAUAUUCCUAGAUCAGCCACCCUUGUGCUAGUGGGUGACAUCAAUUUGUUAGGUGUUACUUGAGAGUACCAUACAGUUGAUACAAAUAGGUCCAUAAAAUUCCUGAAACACUUUGAUGGUAACUUUUUGAACCUUGGAAACAAGGUCAGGUGAUUCAGGGUACUACAGAGGUGUUGUUCACCACUGUAGUGAGAAAAUUUGUACAGCAAAAGCUUAUUUAGGGCUGAAGUUGGCCAGUACUGUGGGGAACAAAAAUAGUACUGUGGGGGACAACAAAAAGGACUUUUUUUACGUAUGUUUUCAGCAAAAGGAGGACCAGAGAUAACACUGAUUAGUUACUUGGUGAGGAUGGUCGCCUCACAAAUAGGGACGUAGACAACAGAGACAUUUAAUGCCUCCUUGACAUCUGUCUUUAACACUGAUGAUGGGUCCUGACUAGAGCCAUGAGUUGAAGGAUUGUGACUGUGGUAAUGGUAAACUCCCAACCAGCUCUAAUGUUAUGCCGGGUUUGCUGCUCCAGCUGGAUGUAUUUAUAUGUCUACUGGGCCUGACGGGGUUCAUCCCAGGGUAUUCAAAGAGCUGGCUAAUAUCAUCUUGAGACCUCUCUCAACUAUUCUUUAGUGGUGUUGGGAAUCUGAUGAGAUCCAGUCUGGAAGAUGACAGAUGUUGUUACAGUUUUCCAGAAGGGCAAGAAAGACCCUGGUAAUUAUAGAUCUUUCACUCUCACUUCAAUGCCUUGCAAAAUUAUGAAGAAGAUUAUUCUGGGAGUUAUUGAAAAAAACCUGAAAGACAAUGUAGUUAUUGGUUACAGAUAACACAAGUUCACAAGGAAAAAAGUCUUCUUAGGUCUAGUUUACCUAUUUAGCUGAAGAAGGGAAGCCAGUCGAUCUUUCUGAAUUUCAGCAAAGCUUUUGAUACUGUUUCUCACAGUAUCCUUCUGAGGAAAAUGUCCAGAAUACUUGUAGACAAAUACAUAAUAGGAUGGCUGAACAAUUGGCUGACAGUUGGGACUCAGAGGGUUAUAGUAAAUAGUGUUACAUCAGGCUGGUGAGGGUCCAUAGGGCUAUACUUGAGGGCCAGUUCUCUUCAGUGUUUUCAUAAAUGACUUGGAUACAGGACUUGAAGCUAUGCUAAGUAAAUUUGCAAACAAUAAUAAAUUAGGAGAACCUGCUGACUCCCUUGAUGGUAGAGGCCUUGCAGAGAGAUACUGACAAAUUGGAGGGCUAUGCAGUCACCAACCAUGUGAAGUUUAACUAGAGCAAGUGAUGGAUUCUGCACCUGAAACCAGCAAAUAUGUCUGUAUGUACAGAUGGGAAGAUGAGAUGCUGAAGAGCAGCCCCACAGAAAGAGAUCUGCAAAUUCUGCUGAUGGCAAGUUGAAUCUGAGUCAGCAGUGUGCCCUGGCAGCCUGAAGGGCCAACUGUACCUGCAAGUGCAUCAGGCCCAGCACUGCCAGCCGGUCAAGGGAAGUGAUUGUCCCAGCCUGUGCUGUGCGGCCUCACCUCGAGCACUGAGUGCAGCUUUGGUUACCACAACAUAAGAAGGACAUAAAAUGAUUAGAAAGCAUCCAAAGGAAGGCUACAAAGGUGGUUUGUUCAGGCCAGAGCAGAGGAGCUGAGGGGAGGCCUGAUGGCGGCUGCAGCUCCUCACAGGGAGCGGAGGGGCAGCGCUGAGCUCUGCUCUGUGUGACAGCGAC